AUGUCUCACCAAUCUGAAUAUAAUGUCAAUGAACCCUUAAAGCCUGAGUUUAUACAAUCUAAUAAAUCUAAUAAGCCGGUGUCGGAAGUAAACAAAGAGGUUUUAUACAUAAUCACGACCCAAUAUAAAAAGGAUUUAAAGCCGUUCGAGCUAUAUGCGAAGAAGAAAUUACCUCAUAAUACUGUUUAUGUCCACGGUAUUUUUGAAACAAAAACCAAUUCCCAGAUUUACACAAAAGAGGAAGCUAUUAAAACCAUACAAAACAAAAUUAAAACUGCUAAAAUUAAAGCCAAGUAUACACCAGCAAUUUGGUGGCGUAAAGAAAUUAAAAAAUUUAAGGGGACAGUUAUAUAUAUUGGCAUUGAUUUUUUUAUAGAAGGCAAUGAUGAACAUGGUUGCAUUGUCGAAGAACGUCCCAAUGGAGACCAAGAGGUAUAUUACACUAUAGGUCAAACAUAUCCGGAAAGAUUUGUAAAGGGAGCAAAAGAUAAAGGCUGGGUUAAACCAAAUGUUGGCCGCGUUACAGUCAGCAAGAUUCGAGCAAAGGAAUGCCCAGGUAUCGAUCAUAAAAAUCCGUGGAAGGGGAAGAAGUAUGAUUCGUCUAAGGGACAUUUCCUAAUGGACCGUCAGGACAUUAUAAUGGAAGCGCUUUCAUUUAAACUUGGGCUGGAUUAUGACCGUGCUGAUCCACCUAAUUGGCGGAACAAUGAAUUGUCUACCAUACCCUAUUAUCUUAAUUGA